AUGUCGACAACGAAAUCCUUGCAGCAUGUCUUCCAAAAUUUUAUUCUCAUUUGGUUAGACACACAACUCGAUAACUCUAGUGAAUAUUUCCAAAAUUCUUUACAACUAUUACAUCAAUUAAUUACAUCAAUUACGACUUUUACUGAUGUGGAAAAAUGUGUGAAUUUUAUAAGAAAUAUAGAAAAUGAAAAAGUAUUUCUCAUUGUAUCUGAUAGAUCAAUUCAACAAUUCUUUGCAAAUUUACGAUCUGAUAACUAUUGUCGAAUAGAUACAAUUUAUAUUCUUUCAAAUGGUAUAUCAAGUCACACACCAUCGAUUGUAACACCGUUUAGCGUGAAAGAUGGAUACAUGGAUAUUCAAUCAAUGUAUAAAGAUUUAAAAGAUGCUUGUCUAUCUUGUGACCGACAUAUGGUUCCGAUGAGCUUCGAUUAUUUUGAUCCAUUAUUUAUGUAUACACAAAUAUUAAAAGAAUCAUUUUUUCAAAUUCAAGAUGAUUCUACCCGAUCUGUUACUGAAUUUGCUGAAUAUUGCCGUUCGGAACAAAUCAUGGAUGAAAAGAAAAUCAAUGAAUUUGAAAGAGAAUAUUUUAAUCAUACAUCUAUAUAUUGGUAUUCAUCCGAUUCUAAGAUCUAUUCUAUGUUAAACUAUGCACUUGGUAUUAUGGAUGUUAGUAUUUUACUAAAAAUGGGAUUUUAUAUUCGAGAUUUGCAUAAAAAUAUCGAACGUUUAUUUCAAGAACAACAAUCUAAUCCAACAACAGCGAAGAUCAGUAAGUUUACGGUUUAUCGUGGUCAAGGUUUAUCUUUACUUAAUUUUGAAAAGUUGAAAAAUAGUAAAGAAAAAUUAAUGUCUUUCAACAAUUUUUUAUCGACCAGUGCGGAUGAACGAGUGGCACAAUUUUUUGCAGAAUCAAAUGCAGAUAAUAGAUGUUUAGUUGGUAUAUUGUUCAUCAUUACAAUAGAUCCAGAAAUCUGUUCGAAAUCGUCAAUUCCAUAUGCUAUAGUAGGGAACGAAGGGCGCAUAGGAGAUUCUGAAGAUGAAAUAUUAUUUUCAACGCAUACGAUCUUUCGUAUCAAUGAUAUUCAACCAAACUCUAAUGGUCCUGUUGGUCAAAUAUGGAACGUGAAAUUAACACUUGUAGGGAAUAAUUUUAAUCCAUUGGAUAGACUUACAUCACAUUUGCGUGAAGAGUUUUGUGGAGAAGGAUGGAUUCGAAUUGGUAUUGUACUUCUUGCGAUUGGCGAAUCAUUGAAAGCUGAGGAAUUAUAUAACAAAUUACUCAAAGAAAACUGUUCUGAUGUCGAUAAAGCCCGAUAUAAUCAUCAACUUGGUUCAGCAUAUCAUGGACUAGUAGAAUAUUCUAAAGCAAUUUCAUUGUAUGAACAGUCAAUUAAGAUCAGCACUGAAUGUCUUCUACCAAAUCAUUGUCAUUUUGCUAGUACAUAUUGUAAUAUGGGUAUAGUCUAUUAUAUGAAGGGAGACCAUUCAAAAGCAUUGGAAUAUCAUAAAAAAGCACUUGAAAUUCAGAAAAUAAGUUUAUAUACGGAUCAUCCUCGCAUCGCUUUUACUUAUGCAAAUAUUGGCUUAGUUUAUCAUAAUAAGGGAAAUUAUUCGAAAGCUAUUUCAUACUGUGAAAAAGCGUUGAAAAUUCAAGAAAAAAUGCUUCCUUCAAAUCAUCCUGACAUAGCUGAUUCUUAUAUGAAACUUGGACUGAUUUAUAAUAGCAAAGGACAAUAUAACAAUGCCAUUAAAAAUUAUGAAAAAGCACUUGAAAUUCGAGAACAAGUUUUACGUCCAAACCAUCCCGAUAUUGCUACUUGUUAUUCGAAUCUGGGUGCAAUGUAUUCUAACCGAGCAGAAUACAGUAAAGCAAUAUCAAACUUAGAUAAAGCACUGAAAAUGAAACAAAAAUCUCUUCUACAAAAUCAUCCUUCAUUAGCAGAUACUUAUAAUAACAUUGGUAUCGUUUAUCAUAACAUGGGAAAUUUUACAGAAGCACUUUCAAACCAUAAACACGCAGUUGAGAUUCAAAAAACCAUAUUCCAACCGGAUCACUUAUCUUUAGCGUAUUCGUACCACAAGAUCGGUAAUGUAUAUUGUAGUAUGGAACAGUAUUCCAAAGCACUUUCAUAUCAUGAAUAUUCACUUGAAAUUAAUAAGAAAGCUCUUUCACAUGAUCAUCCAUCUUUGGCUGCUUCAUACAAUGGUAUCGGCAUUGUAUAUCGUUUAACCGAACGAUACACAGAAGCACUUUCAACUCACAAAAAAGCACUUGAAAUCCAAGAAUCAGCUUUUUCAUCGAUGCAUGUUGAUUCGGCUACUUCGUAUAAUAAUAUUGGUACUGUCUAUUUAAGUAUGGGAAGAUAUUCAAAAGCAUUAAAAUACUAUAAUAAAUCACUUGAAAUUUACGUGGAGAUUUUUGGUGAUCAUCAUACAAAAACGGCUGAUGCUUACGAUAAUAUUGGAUUGGUAUAUAAAGUCAUGGGAGAAUAUGCACAAGCACUUUCAAAUCAUGAAAAAGCAUUGGAAAUUUAUAAAAUAAAUUCAUCACUCAAUCAAUUAUCUUUAGCAAAAAUAUAUCAUCAUAUCGGAAAUGUUUAUAGAGCACGUGGAAGAUAUUCCGAAGCGUUAUCUUACUAUGAAAAAUCACUUGAAAUUCACCAUAUAGAACUGCCGAUGGAUGUUAGAGAACUGUCCGAUUUAUAUUCAAGUCUUGGUAAUGUUUACAGUAUUAUGGGUGAUUAUAAAAAAUCACUUUCGUUCUAUGAACAAGCACUUGAGGCUCAAAAAACAUGUGUACCCGUGCGUUAUCAUUCUUUAGGUAUUUUGUAUAACAACAUUGGUAAUCUGUACUAUAAUCUGCGUGACAAUAGCAAAGCUCUUAAGUACUGUAAAAAUGCGAUUGGAAUUCAAGAACAACAUCUUCCUCAAAAUCAUCUUGAUCUAGCUUCUUCGUAUACGACGAUCGCUAAUGUAUAUGCACAAUUGAAAGAAUAUAAUACAGCACUUUCAUUUUAUGAUAAAGCUUUGAAAAUUCAGAAAAUACAUCUUUCUCCAAAUCAUGAUCAUAUAGCUGGAUCGUACAAUAAUAUUGGUUUAGUGUAUGCUGAUAUCGGAAAAUAUUCCGAAGCAUUACCAUACUAUCAUCAUGCAGUUGAAAUUCAAAAAAGAACUCUUGGACCAAAUCAUCCAGAUUUGGCUACAACAUAUCACAAUAUGGGUGAAGCGUACCGUAACGUGGAACGUCACCUGGAUGCUCUUUCAUACUAUCAACAAGCAAUAAAAAUUCAAGAAACUGCAUUUUCAUCAAAUCAUCCAAGUUCUGCUGCUUCAUAUGACGGUAUUGGUGCUGUGUAUGCUGACAUGGGAGAACAUUCAAAAGCAUUAGCAUAUUUUAAACAAGGACUUGAAAUCAAAAAAUCAACUCUAUCUUCAAAUCAUUCUGAUCUAGCUGGAUCAUACUAUAAUAUUGGUCAAGUAUAUGAUAUAACUGGUGAUUAUUCACAGGCUCUAUCAUUUUAUAACAAAGCUCGAAGUAUAUGGACAGAAAAUUUAUCACAAAAUCACUCAAACGUUAGCAUGGUAGAAGAAGCUAUUGGAAAUAUGAGAAGCAAUUUUGGAUACUCUACUUCUUUUUCUCCACAGUCACGAUAA